AUGGCAGCUCCAGCUGAAGCUCAUGCUCGAUUAGACGGUAGAUUUUGGUUGGAAGGUACUCCAUAUUUAGCAGAAGAAAAUGUUGGAGCAGGUGCUUAUGGAGUUGUUUGUAAAGCAAUGGAUACUCGUAUCAAAAAACAAGUUGCCAUCAAAAAGAUUCCACGGGCAUUCACUGCUCAUACAUUGGCAAAACGUUCAUUGAGAGAAGUUCGAAUUCUUCGAGAACUUCUUCAUGAAAAUAUAAUUGCUGUAUUGGAUAUGUUCACAGCAGAAGGUGCUCAUGGAAAGGAUAUCUACUUGGUUAUGGAUCUCAUGGAAACUGAUCUUCAUCAGAUUCUUCACUCACGUCAAACUCUCAUGGAACAACAUUUUCAAUACUUUUUCUAUCAGCUGCUUCGUGGUUUGAAGUACCUUCAUUCUGCUGGAAUCAUUCAUAGAGAUCUGAAACCAUCGAACCUUCUUCUCAACGGUGAUUGUCUUCUCAGAAUCGCAGAUUUUGGAAUGGCAAGAGCGUGUGCAUCUGCGAGUACAGUAAGAGAUGAUGCAAAUGUUGGAGGCCAUAUGACACAAUAUGUAUCAACUCGUUGGUAUCGAGCCCCCGAGAUUCUAUUCUCGAUGGUGGAAUAUGACACAAAAGUUGAUCUUUGGUCAGCUGGUUGUAUUUUCGCAGAAAUGCUCCUUCGUCGUCAACUUUUUCCUGGCAAAGAUUCAGUUUCUCAAAUUAAAAUGAUCGUUUACUAUUUGGGAAAUCCAGAAGAUGAAGUCAUCAAUAAAAUAAGUUCUCAACUAGUGAAAGACUCAAUUGAUGCAUGUGGAAGAAAGACUCCUCUCCCGUUUUCUGCAAUAUUUCCUAAAGCAAGUCCUGAAGCGAGAGAUAUGGUUUCAUAUCUUCUCCAAAUCUCUCCCUGGAGACGUUACUCUGCAGAUCAGAUACUUCAACAUCCAUUCAUGGCACAAUAUCAUAAUGAACAAUAUGAACCAUUAUGUCCUCCGAGAGUUCAAGUCGAUGUAGAUGCAAUCGAAAAGUACGAAGGACCAGAAGUAGUUGCUGGUUUAGACGAAGAAGCAAGAAUAUUCGAAAUGCGACGUGGCACUAAUUACGACACCAGAAAAGAGCCUCCACCGUAUCUUGAUGAGCAGUCUAAUCAGAUAUUUGAACCGGAUAAAGAAGGAAAAAUGGGUCCAAGAGAGGAUCCAACUGAUUAUUUGGGAGUGUUGAGACAAUUUGAAAAGACGAGAGAAACAAAAAUAGACGACGAAGAUAUUUAUGAUUCAGAUGAAACUCCAACAAGUCUUUCAUCAGCUGAGACAAUAGAUACAGUUAGAGAAGUUGAGAUUCAUAGAAAAGAUUCUGAAGAAAAUACUUCAACUGACAGUGGAAUGGAACCCUCUACAAGUAACUUAAUGGUUCAGGAAAUCUUCCAAAAUGGGAUCAAUUGGCCAUUGGAUGUUGCGAGUACUUCUAGUGCUCCCCCCAUGCUAUCCGGUGGUAUUCCUGCUGCCAAGAAGUCAAGAAACCUUCCCGACCGUCGAAAUAUUGACAAAAUUCGAGAAGGCUAUAGCGAGAAACGGAGAUUCAUUCCGAAAAUUCGAGAUAAACGAGCAUCUAGUGAUUCUUCUUCAAAAGUUGAUGACAAAGAUCGAAUAGUGAGAUUGCGAAAGUCUCGACAAGAGCUGAGAAAGACAAGUAAAGAUGAUGAUCGAGGAGCGUGA